CCCUCUUCCCAGCUCCUGCUCGGCCGCCAGCUCCGGCCUCGGCUCCCCCUCCCAGAGCCCCCUCCCCGGAGCGGAGCCCACCCGAGGGUCCCUCUCCCGCCCCCCAGCCUAACCACCCGGCCAGAACAUCAGCCCCGGGGGGCAGACCCCCCUCCAGCCUGCCUCCCACCAGCCCAGCCCUGCCAGACUCCCCCAAAGCAUGAAUCUCUUCCGAUUCCUGGGAGACCUCUCCCACCUCCUAGCCAUCAUCUUGCUACUGCUCAAAAUCUGGAAGUCCCGCUCUUGUGCCGGGAUUUCAGGGAAGAGCCAGGUCCUGUUUGCUGUGGUGUUCACUGCCCGAUACCUGGACCUCUUCACCAACUACAUCUCACUGUACAACACGUGCAUGAAGGUGGUCUACAUUGCCUGUUCCUUCACCACAGUCUGGAUGAUUUACAGCAAGUUCAAAGCCACUUAUGACGGGAACCACGACACAUUCCGGGUGGAGUUCCUCGUUGUUCCCACGGCCAUCCUGGCGUUCCUGGUCAACCAUGACUUCACCCCUCUGGAGAUCCUCUGGACCUUCUCCAUCUACCUGGAGUCGGUAGCCAUCCUGCCCCAGCUGUUCAUGGUGAGCAAGACCGGGGAGGCCGAGACCAUCACCAGCCACUACCUGUUCGCGCUGGGUGUCUACCGCACGCUCUAUCUCUUCAACUGGAUCUGGCGCUACCACUUCGAGGGCUUCUUCGACCUCAUCGCCAUCGUGGCGGGCCUAGUCCAGACUGUCCUCUACUGCGAUUUCUUCUACCUCUACAUCACCAAAGUCCUCAAAGGGAAGAAGCUGAGUUUGCCGGCGUAGCCCUGGGCCCGGCCGUCCCUCUCCUCGGCGGCCCGCGAGAGGCGGAGGAAGGCAGCGAAAGACGAAGAGCCUUCCCGUCCAGGGGUGACUUUUUAAAGAACCAACCUCUCCGCACUUCCCAGCCCCCCUCCUGCCGGGUUUUAGGGGGGCGGUGGAGGACCCAAGUCUUGGGGAGCUCAGGACCUGGGUGUUUGUAGUUUUUUGCCUUUUAGAGAAGAAAAAAAAUCUUUCCAGUAUUUAGUUUUUGAUUCUGAUGACUCCUUUCUCUUCUACUGUCUGGCCCCCGAUUUUUAUAAACUGUUUUUGAGUGUCCUGUGGGACGGGGCAGGGUCGGAGAUCUUUUCCCUCCCCCAAGCCCCUCAGCUCCCUUCCAGAUCCUACCCCCAGCCCCGCCAGUUGCCAAACACUAAACCUGUACACGCCCACCUGUCUGACCUCCCACCGUGGCCAAGAACACAGCCUCCCGCCAACCUCCACCCCCCCAAAGUUCAGGACUGGGGAGAGGGAGGAGGGGAGGGACGAUCUCCCUGAUUUUUCAAUAUAAUUUUUUUCCGGAGUUUGGGUUUUUUGGUCUUGUCCUCAUUUUUUUGACAAUGUAGGGGGGGCGAGGGGCCGGGCCUGGCAAAGGGGGUUGGCCUGAGGGUCACUGUGGCUCAACAGCCACAUUUUUGUACAGAAUUGAUGGUUGAUUCUUUGUUCUCUUGAAAUAAACCGAGGAAAAUGAUGCCUCUUUCGCUACUCCUUGCCCUCUCUCUGGUGUUUGUGGGGCCCCUCCCGGCCCCUCUGUCUGCUUCUCCUUUAUCUCAUAGACACCCUGCAGGCGACUGAGACCUGGGAGGAGCAGGCAGGUGAGAAACGGGGUUCCCUGAGACUCUGAGCUGUGCUCUCACUCCUCACGGCUGUGAUGGGCAAGAGGUUUCGGGGAGGCGGGUAGAAAAUCUUGAAGAUUCUCUUUAUCUUGGCACGGAACUUCCCUGGUGCUUCUCCUGGAUCCCAGGGCUGCAGAGGACCUUCAAGAGCAUGUGUUUUAGGGGUCACCAGUGGGCAGCCCCUGUCCUACCCCUCAUCUGGCAUUUUGUUGAGCCACAGUGUUUUCUUUAAAAAAGAAAAAAAAAGAAUCUGUUGCCAGCCUUUAGACAUCAGAUUUUCACAGUGAAAUCUGGAUUUCUGGCUUCUCUUGAAAAAAAAUCUGUCCCUCUGACAAUGCCGGGUCCUCGCUUCCGGGUGGCAACAGAUGGCUAGGGCUGAAUGGAUGGGAUGUGAGCCUUCCAUCACAAUCCCCAGGACUUGGCUGAGGGGCUGCUACCAUUUAUUAUCGGGCUGACACUGGCGUUUUUUGUUUUUGUUUCAUGGAGUUAAAAGAAAAGCCAAGUAUUUUUCACGUCUCCCUCCAGAUCGGCCUCACAUCUGGCCUAUUAUUUCCUUCACUUGCGUUACCUGCCUGGACCUUGUCCAGCUUUUGGAGUUUCCGCCCCUAGUUCAGGCAGACUCCCUAGAUGUCCACCAAGACCUUCCUGAGCCAUGUUUGGUUCUGUAGGAGGGCUCUGGAAGCUUCGGCAGGCGGGUAGCUGGCGUUUCCCGAGCCUAAGUUGCACGGAUGAGGCCGCUGGACCCCAAUAGCACCCCUGAAGGGGGCUACUUUGUGGAGGAGGAAACCAAGGCCUAGGGGCAAGUGGCAGAGGUGGCCUUUGUCCCGGGGCUUCCUGAUGCCGCAGCCUGUGUGUUUAGCCACCGCUGUGUGGUUUUUCAACUGCUUUUGUUUCUUUCUUGUAAGCCAAGGCACCUUCUGUUUGCAAGAAUUUUACCCAGAAGCCUGAGAGGGAAAACGCAGGAACAGGGCUGCUUGGGCUGAUUCGGGGUGGGGUGGUGGCCCCCGCUCUGUGUGCAGUCUGAGCACCAUCAGUCUAAAUGUGGUCCAAGUCUUUCAUUUUCCAGCCAAGACAGCUUGACCCAGAGAAAUGAAGUGCCACAUCCCGGCUUAUCCAGCUAGAGGUGGAGCGAGGACUCGUGCUCAGAGACUUCCGGUUUCGCACCUGAGAACACUGCCCACUCCGCUGCCCUGCUGCUGUUUUCCCGAGAUGCCCACAGGGACCACGUCCUACUUAUUUUUCUACCUUCAGGAUCGAGCAUGGGGCCUGCUACAAAGGAAAUCUCAAAAAACUAAAACAAAAUAAAAGGAAUCACAGAACCCACAUGUGACCCCCCACAACUGGUGUCCCUUUGUCCAGCUUGUAAAUGAAUAAUGCUCUGCAGGUCACAGUGGCCCUCGCGUGGGUGUGUUUUGUUUGGCCUGUGUAAUAUUAAUAGUUUUUCUUGCUCUCUGUUGCCAACGAACUCCACGUAAAAAGAAGAUUUCUGAUUGUUCUAGCAAUACCAGAAGGUUCUAGAGUUUCGCUGUCCAAUAAAGUAGCCAUUGGCUCCAUUGAACCAAUAGCUCUUGAAAUGUGGUGGGUCCAGAUUCAGAUGCGCUGUCUGCGGCUUUCAGAAAUUUUGUAGGAAAGAAUGUAAAAGACCUCAAUUUUUAUACUGAUGAUGUGUUGAAAUACAUGAUGACAUUUUGGAAAUACAGGGCUAAAUAAAAUAUAUGAAAGUUAA